UGAUGAAGGACACAUGCAAGUCUUUGAGAGUAUAUAAAGAGGGAAGGACUCGAGUGGACAGUACACUCCACCAUGAAGCUCCUGAUACUGGCGAGCAUAUUGGCAGCGGCCACGGCCGACUCACUUCAGAGCUACAGCCUACCAUCACCCUCUGGCUCUGGCUUCUCCACCGGCAGCUCCUCUACCGGCACAGGAUUCUUUGGGGGCUCAGGAUUUUCUGGGGGCUCAGGGAUCUCUGGAGGUUCAGGGUUCUCUGGAGGUUCAGGGAUCUCUGGGGGUUCAGGGAUCUCUGGAGGUUCAGGGUUCUCUGGGGGCCCCGGCCCGUUUGACAGCAGCUGUGGAGGAGGGCAGGUUCGUCAUGUGGACGGCAGCUGCGUGACUCCUCAGUUCACCCGAAACUUGUUCCGGUACAGAGUUCCUCCAGCAACCCCGAUCUUGGGUCCACGACCAAACGUUCCUCCACCAAGAGUUGAGGACAAUAUACUCUUCAUCGAAUUUCCAGAAGGACUUCUCAACCAAGAACCCAUUGUGGUACCACCACCACAACAAAGAAACGUUGUGUACGUCCUCAACAAGCGGCCUCACCAAGAUCACACGGUUGUCCACGCACCAGGACCUGAACAAGCGGCUCCUGAGGUGUUCUUCGUCAACUAUGCUGAGGGCGAGAACCCGACAUUACCCAGUGGUGGAGACCUCCAGUCCGCCCUCAGCUCAGCCUCUGACGGUAGCGGUGAACUGGUCGGUAGCAGUGGUGGCAGCAUUGGCGGCACUAGUGGUAUUGUUAGCGGCGGUGGCAGCGGGAUCUCCUCCCCGUCUGGUCUGUACGGUCUUCCCUAAGUCACCCCGCUCCCCGCCCCUCACACAUAUGCCUUAACUGUAGAGCUUCAUGGCUGGUGUAUUUAAGGUCGAUAGUAAAUGCUGUUAUUGUUGCCACAUCUUGUGGUAGUUAUAUAUUGCUAUUUAUUCUUUGUUGAAAAUGUUUUUAUCUUUAAUAAUCGCUUCUGGUAACCCAAGCCCAGCAAAAUUUUAUUAGCAUAAUAAAUAUACUAUGAAUGAUG